AUGAACCGCCGCACCCUCCCCUCCGCCUCUGGUACUGGCGCCGCCGGCGGCUUCAUCGAGGUUCAGCCUCCUAAGAAGUCUGAGUUGCAGCCGAGCUAUGCGCAGACUCUUGAAGGGGAGGACGAUUCCAAUUUGGGGUUUUAUCCGAGGAUGAUUAAUACGCUUGGGAGUUUCUUUGGGACUUGUGGGAGUAUUCCUGGGUGUUUUUGUUGUCCGAAUCCCUACAAGGAAGUUCAACAAGGCAACGUCGGCCUCAUCACGAAAUUCGGUCGCUUCCACCGCGCCGUCGACCCUGGCCUCAGCAAGAUUAACCCCUUCUCCGAGAAGCUCUUCCAAGUCGACAUCAAAAUCCAAGUCGUCGAGGUCCCGCGUCAAAUCUGCAUGACGAAAGAUAACGUGAAUGUCGUGAUCAACUCGGUGAUGUAUUACCACAUUAUCUCACCCCAUCGCGCCGCGUUUGGCAUUGCGAAUGUGAGGCAGGCGUUGAUCGAGCGUACGCAAACCACCCUCAGGGACGUGUUGGGCGCCAGAGUCCUCCAAGACGUGAUCGAACGCCGCGAAGAAAUCGCCCUCUCCAUCGAAGAAAUAAUCGCCCACGUAGCCUCAACCUGGGGCGUAAAAGUCGAAUCCAUCCUCAUCAAAGACAUCGAAUUCUCCACAGAUCUCCAAGCUUCCCUCUCUAUGGCCGCACAAUCAAAGAGAAUCGGAGAGAGUAAGAUCAUUACGGCGAAAGCGGAGGUGGAGGCGGCAAAGUUGAUGAGGCAGAGUGCGGAUAUUUUGAGUAGUAGUGCGGCAAUGCAGAUUAGGUAUUUGGAGACGAUGCAGGCUAUGGCGAAGACGGCGGGGGCGAAGGUUAUUUUUAUGCCGAGUUCGGGGGGUGGGGAGGGGGGUACCGGUGUUACCACUGUCCAGCCGGGGUUGCAGGGCAAUGGGAGUUUGAGUCCGCCGAUUGCAGGCUUUGGUGGUGGACUGGAUGAUGUGAUGAAGGCUACGGUUUUGAACGAUUACUAG